AAUGUUCACUCCGCCUUGAGGAAAUGAUUGAAGGGGGAUGGUGUUUAUGAAGGAGGCUUCCAGGGCCGGGCUGGCUGCUGCUUGCCGAUAGCUACGGCAGUCAGGGCGGUAGGCCAAUGGCUCGUGGUUACGCAAGUGUCGACGGGAUUCCCAGCGUGCUGCGCGCCUACACCCGCAUGUUCAUGGCGGCGGCUAGAUGGCCAGGGCCGCUUUUGGUCUUUGUACUAUGGACGAUGGUGACUGUGGUCCUGCCUGGCUCUGGCGAAGGGGGAUGGCAGCAAAGCUGGCUGGGGACUGUAGCAGCAGUGACGGAGGAAGAGCGUUGCACUGUGGAGCGCCGAGCACACCUCACAUACUCCGAAUUCAUGCAGCACUACGCCUUCCUCAAGCCGGUCAUAUUACAGGGACUCACAGACAACUCGAGGUUCAGGGCCCUGUGCUCUCGGGAAAACCUGCUGGCCUCGUUUGGGGACAACGUUGUUCGCCUAAGUACAGCCAACACCUACUCCUACCAGAAAGUGGACCUGCCCUUCCAGGAAUAUGUGGAGCAGCUGCUGCACCCCCAGGAUCCCACAUCCCUAGGCAAUGACACCCUGUACUUUUUUGGAGACAACAACUUUACUGAGUGGGCACCACUAUUCCAGCAUUAUUCUCCACCUCCGUUUCGUCUACUGGGAACUAGCCUUGCUUACAGCUUUGGAAUUGCAGGAGCUGGAUCUGGGGUACCCUUCCACUGGCAUGGCCCUGGUUUCUCCGAGGUGAUUUAUGGUCGGAAGCGCUGGUUCCUCUACCCUCCUGAGAAGACACCAGAGUUCCACCCGAACAAGACCACACUGGCCUGGCUACAGGAAAUAUACCCAUUCCUAGCCCCUUCAGCUCGGCCCCUGGAAUGCACCAUCCGGGCUGGUGAAGUCAGUGGCUGGCAGGUGGGGGUUGGGCUGACCCAAAAAGCUCCAACCAAUCUCUGUGCUUUUCUCCCAGGUGCUGUAUUUCCCUGACCGGUGGUGGCAUGCCACACUCAAUCUGGACACCAGUGUCUUCAUUUCUACCUUUCUUGGCUAGCCAAA